AUGGUUUUCUUUGGGACCGAUUCUGACCUCGAUCGGAUAUACCAGCUCCGUUCAGCAGAACCUGAUCAAUGGCUGUCUCCAGAUCUUGAACAUGAUUGUGGCGCUGACAAUGUCUUCUUCGUGGACAAGAUCGGACGGCGCAAGCUCUUCCUGGUCUCGACAGCGGGCAUGUUGGUGGCGUUCGUAGUCUGGAUGAUCUGCUCGGCGCGGUAUGCCAUCGCGGGGAAUCACAAUGCGGCCAAUGCCGUGAUUGCGAUGAUGUACUAUGUGUUCUACAAUAUCGCAUGGUCGGGUCUUCUGGUGGGAUACACGGUGGAGAUUCUCCCUUACAGUAUCCGAGCUAAGGGAAUGACGGUGAUGUGGCUCUGCAUUGAUGUUGCUUUGUUCUUCAACCAGUACAUUAACCCGAUUGCGCUAGAGAACCUCGGGUGGAAGUACUAUAUCUUCUACUGCGUGUGGCUGGGCGUGGAGUUGACGGUGGUGUGGUUCUUCUACAUCGAGACGCGCAACACGCCAUUGGAGGAAAUUGCGAUGUAUUUUGAAGGGGAGAGUGCGAUCGUCGUGGGUGGCGUUGCAGGCACGGAGAAGGCGCGGGAGUUGAAGAAUACGCUGCAUAUCGAGGAGGUCUCUUGA